UUCCGGCUGUCAAAAGGACAACAGUGUACGUUAUAGUGCUCCCAGUUUUUAUUACAUACCACAGUGAAAACCAACGAAUAUAAAACGUGUAUCACAUAACAAAAACUUGGAAAGGAAGAUUGACGAAAACACCAAGAAAAACUAAAAGAAAACACCAAAAAAUCUAAAAGAAAACACCUUUUAACAUCGAUUGUAUUGCGGUACACAUACACAUUGAGAUUUCCAUUGAGGGUAGAAAUAAAUAAAUAUCAACUGACAACUAGAUCAAACGCAGAAUCUGUCACGACUUUAAAAAGUGAAAAACGUCAACGACACCCAGUGGUGCCAACGCAACGAGCAAAUUACGUUCCAAUCUACACAAACCAAAACAGUUGUUUACAUCACGAUGGCUUCGAUCAAAAUGUCAGAGGAUAUGACAAAACUAUUCCAGAUGAUGAAAUUGGAACUCGAUAAACAAACUGCAACGAUUACUCAGAGUGUAACCGACAGUAUCAUGCGCAAUAUAGACGACAAAAUAAAACCAAUAUUGGAAGAAAAUAAGUAUCUUAAAAACGAGGUACAGAAGUUGAAUGAUAAAGCAAGAUACUUAGAAAACAAAGGUAAGAAAAAUAACCUGAUUCUACACGGCAUAAAAGAAAUAGAAAAUAAUCGACAAGAACUGUUUAAUUUAAUAAAAGAUAUCAUGAAAGGUUUAAAUGUUGAUAUCAACUCCUAUGAGAUAAAUAACUACUAUAGACUAGGAAAGAAGCAUGAUGAGGGAAAAGUGAGACCAAUACUCAUAUCUUUUACGUCAUUUCUAAAGAAACUAGAAAUAUUGAAAAAUAAGAUGAAAAUGCCGAAACAUGCUUAUAUCACAGAAGAUUUUUCAAAAGAAACAAUAGAAUUACGCAAAAACUUACAAGAACAACUCAAACAAGAAAAACAAAAUGGAAAAGACGCAUUCAUUCGAAACAAUAAAAUAAUAUUAAGAGAUACGUCGGAUGUCGAAAAAAGAAAGCGGGAAACCUCGACAUCACCUAAUAUCAUGCAUACACCUACACACACCAAAAACUCGGAACAUAUUAUUGCACCACCAAAAUUACACAAAACCAAUGCAUUCGAAUAUAUGAGGGCAAGAUCAUCCUCUUUCAAUGAAAAACAAUUUAAACCAUAGGAAUUAACAGACACCGGUAACGAAAUCGCAACUAGAAUAGAAAAACCAUCCAAUACAUAUAAUGAAAACCCCAAUACGGCUGGUCACCGCGGGGUUACCGACCACUACCCCCAAGAUCUCGAAAAUUCCGACUCUAAUCCAAAUCCAACUAAAAACCAGACGAUAAAUGAAGCAAAUACAAAGGCUAGAAAACAUAGAAUAUAUAUAGCAACACUAAAUACUAGAUCAUUAAAAUCGAAGGAAAAAUUAUUAGAACUGGAGCAGGCUUUGAAUCACAUCAAUUGGGAUAUCCUCGGCAUAAGUGAUGUCAGACGGUCGGCUGAAAAAAUUGAAGAACAUGAUGAAUACAUAUUAUAUUACAAAAAUGAACAACCAGGAAUAUAUGGCGUGGGAUUCUUGGUUAUGAAAUAUCUUAAAAACAAUAUAAUAGAGUUUAAAGGAGUGUCAAAUAGAAUAGCAAUUUUAAAUAUCACUCUUCCUGGCUACAAAAAUCCGACUUCAAUUGCUCAGAUAUACGCUCCUACA